AUGUUGCAGGUACCUCUGCGGAUACGCAACGCCUAUCAGCAGCACCCCAACGGCUUCUCGUCAUACUACCCAGAAACACCUCAGUCGGACUACGUGACUUACAAGGGUGGCUUCAACUUCCACCAGAAGCCGGUCAACUUCAACGUGCCAAUCAAGGAGUUCGACUACGCCUCACUAAAGAGGAAGCCCAUCGUAGUGGCACCACUGGAGACUUCCCACUACUGGCACAACCAGCAACCAUCCAACCAGGUUUACCAACAGCAACAAACUUCUCAGCAAUACAACCAAUACCAGCAGACUCCCCAACAAACUUACCAACAGUAUAACCAACAGACUCCCCAACAAUACCAACAAACUUAUCAACAAUACAAUCAGCAGACUCCCCAACAAUACCAACAAACUCCCCAACAAUACAACCAACAAACUCCCCAACAAUACAACCAACAAACUCCCCAACAAUACAACCAGCAGACUCCCCAACAGGUGGCCCCAACUCAACAGUACCCAGUGCAGAACAAAUCAUCGCAGGUUCAAAGACAUGCGCCAGCAAGUAACGUCUCCACCCAAACCCCUUCGGCAGCCGACCAACAGAAAAUCUACGAGGAUUUCUCGUCUCAGAAAAUCCAGAAGCAAGCAAACUAUCCGAGCCAGAAGAAGAAGGCCGUCUACACAAAGGGACAGUACCAGACUGAGCAUUCAGAGUCAGAGAAGAAGCCGACCAGUGUCUACCCGAAAAAGGCCAUGAGCGAGCAGACCGCCAGUAAAUACACUUACUAUGUCAAACAGAAUUGA